GAAUAGUAAAUUUGCAUAAAAAAAAGAACGUGUGAAACAUCAAAGAUGCCUGCUAUUGGUAUUGACUUGGGAACCACUUACUCCUGUGUAGGAGUUUGGCAACAAGGAAAAGUAGAGAUCAUCGCUAACGAUCAAGGCAACAGAACGACACCAAGUUACGUUGCUUUUACAGACACGGAACGUUUAAUCGGCGAUGCAGCCAAGAAUCAGGUAGCGAUGAAUCCGGCCAAUACCGUUUUCGAUGCAAAACGCUUGAUCGGUCGGAAAUACGACGAUCAGAAGAUCCAGAACGAUCUGAAACACUGGCCGUUCCAAGUGGUAAACGAAAAUGGAAAGCCUAAGAUCCAGGUCAAAUUUCGCGGUGACAACAAAAGGUUCAAUCCAGAAGAAAUCAGUUCUAUGGUUUUGACUAAGAUGAAGGAAACUGCCGAAGCUUAUCUCGGGCAGACUGUUCGAGAUGCUGUUAUCACGGUACCAGCUUACUUCAAUGAUUCCCAGCGUCAAGCUACCAAAGAUGCAGGUGCGAUAGCUGGUCUAAACGUACUUAGAAUCAUCAACGAACCUACGGCUGCGGCACUCGCCUAUGGUUUGGAUAAGAAUCUAAAGGGAGAGAGGAACGUGUUGAUCUUUGAUCUAGGAGGUGGUACUUUUGACGUUUCUAUCCUUACCAUCGACGAAGGUUCCCUCUUCGAAGUAAAAGCUACGGCGGGCGAUACUCAUUUAGGUGGCGAAGACUUUGACUCUAGAUUGGUCGAUCAUCUUUGUAAAGAAUUCGAGAGGAAGUAUAAGAAAAAUAUAAGGAACAAUCCUAAAUCUUUGAGAAGACUGAGAACGGCUGCUGAACGUACCAAGAGAACUCUGUCCUCGAGCACGGAGGGUACUAUCGAAAUCGAUGCUCUUUACGAUGGUAUUGAUUUUUAUACGAAGGUCUCUCGUGCUCGAUUCGAAGAACUCUGCGCUGAUCUCUUCAGAGCUACUUUGGAACCAGUGGAGAAGGCACUUGCCGAUGCAAAAUUGGAUAAACGAUCGAUACAUGAUGUUGUCCUAGUUGGUGGUUCGAUUCGCAUACCGAAGAUUCAGAAUAUGCUACAGAAUUUCUUCUGUGGAAAACAACUGAAUCUUUCUAUUAAUCCUGACGAAGCUGUUGCUUACGGAGCAGCUGUGCAAGCAGCUAUACUCACUGGGGAAGGUUCCAAGAGUUCUACUCUACAGGAUGUACUUUUGGUCGAUGUAGCUCCGUUAUCUCUUGGCAUUGAAACCGCUGGUGGUGUCAUGACUAAUAUCGUUGAACGUAACGCUCGCAUACCAUGCAAACAAACGCAAACAUUUACUACCUAUUCCGAUAAUCAACCAGGAGUAACCAUUCAAGUUUAUGAAGGUGAACGAACUAUGACCAAGGAUAACAAUUUACUUGGCAGAUUUGAACUGAGUGGUAUCGCACCUGCUCCACGUGGUGUGCCAAAGAUUGAGGUUACCUUUGAUAUGGAUGCUAAUGGAAUUCUUCAUGUCACUGCAAAGGAUAGUGCCAGUGGUCGCAGCAAUAAUAUCAGAAUAACCAAUGACAAAGGUCGCUUGAGCAGAGAUGAGAUUGAUAGAAUGUUGGCAGAAGCAGAACGAUAUAAAGAGCAAGACAAGCAACAAAGAGAGAAGAUCGCUGUUAAGAACCAAUUAGAGAGCUAUGUUUUUUCGGUGAAACAAGCAAUUGAGGAUAGUGGAUCUAAAUUGACAGAAACUGAUAAGAAUAAAGUGAAAGGAUUAUGCGAAGAUACUUUGUGUUGGCUAGAUAAUAAUAUCCUUGCAGAAAUUGAAGAAUAUAAACACAAAUUAGAAGAGUUACAGAAACAGUGCUCGCCCAUCAUGAUGAAAAUUCAUCAGGGUGGAGUUGGUGGAUCUCAACAGGAAUGUGGUGGUCAAUACAGACAACAUAAUGAUUACAAUAAUUCUGGUCCUACUGUAGAAGAAGUAGAUUAAGGGAUAUUAAAUUUCUUUAUACUUGAAGACUGAUUAGGAUGUAAAAAAUUUUUUGGAUAUCAUUUGUCGUCGUUAUAUUUAAUUUUUUCAUUAUUAGUUUCACAUAAAAUAUUUAUAA